ACAUGUGAUUAUGGGAACUCAGGCAGGAAAGUACAGUGAAAGUGAACUAAAGGUUUGACGAUGUCAUUGAAACAAAGAAUUGCAUUUCACUCGCGGUUGAACACAUUUACUUUAAACUCGGACUAUUGGUAUAGUAAGCAAGAAAAGAGGACACGCGGGGACAGAGCAAGUUUCACUACAGUUGCGCUCCAACCUAACAUUUCCUCUCUGAACACAAUUUUGACGAGCAGCAUCCAUUCGCGCUGUAAACAAUGUAACACCGAUUCUGGCUCUUGCAACCUUGACAAACGAACAUGGAGAAGGAGACUAUUUACGGGAGUGAGCGCAACUAAGGUUUUUAAACGGAGCAUUUUAUUUGUCAGAGAGCUGAGCACCUCUAUACUUCAGUAUGAAUUGAAAACAGAUAUGACAAAGUCUGGAAACCGGAGGCUGUAUUUUGAUACCCAUGCAUUGGUUCGACUCCUCGAAGACAAUGGCUUCACCACUCAGCAAGCUGAGGUAAUUGUCAGGAUGAUGGUCAGGACAACACACUCCAACAUGGAUCUAAUCUAUAAUGACAUGGUAACCAAAGUGCAGCAGGAGAUCAUGUUGCAGAGGGUGUUUUCCCAAAUUGCAUCGGUGAAAAAGGACAUGAUUAUCCUUGAAAAGAGUGAGUUCUCUACUUUGCUGGCAGAGAAUGAGAAAGUCAAGGUAGAGCUACUGCAACUGAAGGUGCAACUGGCUGAUGUGAUGAAUAAAGUGCGCUUUGACAAUAUCUUGGAUAUGAAUUCGGAAAAGAGCAGCAUGAAAGAAAUGAAAUCAGAGCAUGAGAAGAGACUCAUGGAAAGUCGGACCGAGAUAAUGGAAAUGAAUGCUGAGCAAAAUUGUCAUUUGACUCGGUCCAAUAUGAAAAUUGACACUGAAGUGGCAGGUUUGAAAACCAUGUUGGAAGCUCACAAACUUGAUACUAUCAAAUACCUUGCAGGUUCAGUCUUCACUUGUCUCACUGUGGUUCUCGGAUUCUAUCGCAUCUGGAUGUGACUCCGGGGAGUACAAGAAGAACUGGUCAUAUGGACCACUAGCUCAAAAAGAACCCAUUUGAACUGCCACCAUUUUGUGUUUGAUAAGUAGUAAAUCGCUAUAGGAACAAACAACCACUGGCUGAUGGCAUGAAGACAGAUAAAAUGCUUUGAUGUUGAUAUUUCUGAGGACCAAUGACUUAAGAUUUAGAAGAUGAACCCAGCAAACCAUGAAAUGCGAAAGGCUGCACACUAUCCAACAUUUUUAAUUGGUUGUGUUUUCAUAGAGUACCCUAUAAAUUAAAUGUUAUUUAAGAUAGAAUCCUGACAACAAAUAUGUAUUGCAAUGUACAUGAAUGCAUUUUUUUGUACAUGUACUGUUAAGCAAGAAACCUGUGUAUGUUGUGUUUGAGAAAUAUGUUGUAAAAAUGCAUCGAUAUAUACUGUAAUUGCCAUGCUGUCCAAAGUGCAUUUCCGGCUAUGUAGCCAGAUGUAUGUAGCCAGUAAGAUGCAGCUCUGUAUAUUUUUUAAACUGUUGUAGACACUAGAGGACUUGUGAGUCAUUGGAACACACAUUCCAUCAGUCCAAUGGACAGUUUUUUAUGACCAUAGUAGAUAUUGUAAAAACUGUAUAAAAGGAAAGCAGCACAAAUGUAUGACUAAACACAAAUCAAUAAUAAAGGAUAAUUUGA